AUGGAUGAGGAUUUAUUAAGGGGUCGGGCAGCCGCUUCUACCAAAAAGGCAGUGAAGAAAACUCCUGAAUUAUCCUUGCCGUAUGUACCUGGAGCGAGUAAUAGCCCUAUGAAAAAAGCAAAAAUGCCACACUCUCAAAACGCCAAAUCUUACGACACGUGGGAUAGCACACGGAACGCGACUAUGGUGUCGUCUGGUGGCCGGACACCCACGAACCUGCCGUACAUGUGACAUCACGAGCGUGGCUACUGGCGAGCCGCAUAUUUCUACUGAUAUCGCCACUGAUACCGCGAGGACGUGACUCCACACCUAUUAUUCUGUAUAUUUAAAUGACUUUUA